CUGCUGCAGAACCUGAGACAAUGGCGAAGCUGCAGGGUGCCAAGUACCGGGGCUCCAUCCAUGACUUCCCAGACUUCGACCCCAACCAGGAUGCCGAGGCUCUGUACACCGCCAUGAAGGGCUUCGGCAGUGACAAGGAGGCCAUACUGGAGCUGAUCACGACCCGGAGCAACAGGCAGAGGCAGGAGGUUUGCCAGAGCUAUAAGUCACUCUACGGCAAGGACCUCAUCGCUGACUUGAAGUAUGAGCUGACGGGCAAGUUUGAGCGGCUGAUUGUGGGCCUGAUGAGGCCACUUGCCUACAGUGAUGCCAAAGAAAUUAAAGAUGCCAUCUCGGGCAUCGGCACCGACGAGAAGUGCCUCAUUGAGAUCCUGGCUUCCCGGACCAACGAGCAGAUGCACCAGCUGGUGGCAGCAUACAAAGAUGCUUAUGAGCGAGAUCUGGAGGCUGACAUCAUCGGCGACACCUCUGGCCACUUCCAGAAGAUGCUUGUGGUCCUGCUCCAGGGAACCAGGGAGGAGGACGAUGUUGUGAGCGAGGACUUGGUUCAGCAGGACGUCCAGGACCUAUAUGAGGCUGGGGAACUGAAAUGGGGGACAGAUGAAGCCCAGUUCAUCUACAUCCUGGGGAACCGCAGCAAGCAGCACCUCCGGCUGGUGUUUGAUGAGUAUCUGAAGACCACGGGGAAGCCAGUCGAAGCCAGCAUCCGAGGGGAGCUGUCUGGGGACUUUGAGAAGCUGAUGCUGGCCGUAGUAAAAUGUAUCCGGAGCACCUCGGAGUAUUUUGCUGAGAGACUCUUUAAGGCCAUGAAGGGCCUAGGGACCCGGGACAACACCCUGAUCCGCAUCAUGGUCUCCCGUAGCGAGCUGGACAUGCUGGACAUCCGGGAGAUCUUCCGGACCAAGUAUGAGAAGUCUCUGUACAGCAUGAUCAAGAACGACACCUCCGGCGAGUACAAGCAGGCUCUGCUGAAGCUGUGCGGGGGAGAUGACGAUGCUGCUGGCCAGUUCUUCCCGGAGGCAGCGCAGGUGGCCUAUCAGAUGUGGGAACUUAGUGCAGUGGCCCGAGUCGAGCUGAAGGGAACCGUUCGCCCAGCUGAGGACUUCAAUCCUGAUGCAGAUGCCAAAGCGCUGCGCAAAGCCAUGAAGGGACUUGGAACGGACGAGGAUACCAUCAUCGAUAUCAUCACACACCGCAGCAAUGCCCAGAGGCAGCAGAUCCGCCAGACCUUCAAGUCUCACUUUGGUCGGGACUUGAUGGCUGACCUGAAGUCUGAGAUCUCUGGAGACCUGGCGAGGCUGAUUCUGGGGCUCAUGAUGCCACCGGCCCAUUACGAUGCCAAGCAGCUGAAGAAGGCAAUGGAGGGAGCCGGCACAGAUGAAAAGACUCUCAUUGAAAUCCUGGCUACUCGGAACAAUGCCGAAAUCCGGGCCAUCAACGAAGCCUACAAGGAGGACUAUCACAAGUCCCUGGAGGAUGCCCUGAGCUCAGACACAUCUGGCCAUUUCAGAAGGAUCCUCAUUUCUCUGGCCACGGGGAACCGUGAGGAGGGCGGAGAAAACCGGGACCAGGCCCGGGAAGAUGCGCAGGUGGCUGCUGAGAUCUUGGAAAUAGCAGACACGCCCAGUGGAGACAAAACUUCCCUGGAAACACGUUUCAUGACCGUCCUGUGCACCCGCAGCUACCCGCAUCUCCGCAGAGUCUUCCAGGAGUUCAUCAAGAUGACCAACUACGACGUGGAGCACACCAUCAAGAAGGAGAUGUCUGGGGAUGUCAGGGACGCAUUUGUGGCCAUUGUUCAAAGUGUCAAGAACAAGUCUCUCUUCUUUGCCGACAAGCUUUACAAAUCCAUGAAGGGCGCUGGCACGGAUGAGAAGACCCUCACCAGGAUCAUGGUCUCCCGGAGUGAGAACGAUCUGCUCAACAUCCGGCGGGAGUUCAUUGAGAAGUAUGACAAGUCUCUCCACCAAGCCAUUGAGGGCGACACCUCCGGAGACUUCAAGAAGGCUCUGCUGGUUCUCUGUGGUGGCGAGGACUAGGGCCACCAACCUUGGCGGGCACCUCUGCUGAGAAACAGCUGCACCAGCCACCCCUCCGGGGCCAAGCCUGAUCGUUCCAGCUCCAGA